AUGAGCGACAUGCAGACAACUAAACAACUUAGUGGCGAUAUGCUCUCUCCUGGAUCUCAACAUACAGAAAUACCGCUUGGUGCUUCUGAAGACAAUAGUGCCAGUUCUGCGAACAAUAAUGAUUUAUCACCUUGGAAUUUGUCGAAUAUUCAAAAACUAAAUGUUGGCGAAUUAUACAGCGAACAAACUAAAAGUUUACGUCCUUGGACAGAAUUUUUUCAUACCAAUCAGUUUAAAAAACCUGCUAGCAUUAAAGCUGCUGGUCGUCGACUUCUUUUAAAUGUUGAACAUUUUCGAACAAAUUACAUAAUAGUUGCUGUUAUUUUAUCAAUCUAUUGCGUAAUUACAUCACCAGCUUUACUAUUUGUUUUACUAGCAAUGGGUGCUGGCUGUUAUUUAGUUACUUUAAAAAAUCGUGACAGCCAAUUAUCCAUUAUGGGUCAUCAGAUUCCAACAAGUCAACAGUAUAUAGCGGUAAUGUGUCUUUGUGUUCCAUUGCUUCUCAUGGUCGGCGCAGGUUCAGCAAUAUUUUGGAUUCUUGGCGCUUCAGUAUUUGUUAUAUUACUUCAUGCACUCUUUCAUCAAACACCAAAUCAAGAAGCCUUUGGCGUACAAAUGGAGGAAGCUUAA